AUGGGGAGCACCGACAAAGUCUUUCGGUUCUUCAACAGGAGACAAAGUCUCUUUCCCAACUACAAAGUCACAGGUUCUGACGUCAGUCGAAGAUCUUCUGAGAUCGUUUAUCCAUCAGCAAAGGAGAGCUGUGUGAGGACAUGGAACUCCAUGCAAGAGCUGAGCAGAGACAUCUACGACAUCUAUGCUGAAUAUGAAGAUGAAGACGAUGAUGGCUUCUCCAGACAGAUUUCCCCAUCCAAAAAUUAUAUGAUCAACAUCAAUGUAGGUGGGAAGCCCUACCAGAUCGCCUACAAGAUGGCAGCCAGGUACCCCAAAACCAGAAUUGGACGACUGGCCACUUACACCGACCACAACAUGAAACUGGACCUGUGUGACGACUACAAUAUGACCAACAACGAGUUCUUCUUUGACAGAGACCCUGAUAUCUUUCACAGUAUCUUUAAUUUCUACCGAACUGGGGUGCUGUGGAUCAAGGACGAGCUGUGCCCACGCAAUUUCCUGGAAGAGAUCAACUACUGGGGGGUGAGGAUCAAGAACACCCAACGCUGCUGCCGCAUCUCCUUUGAGGAGAGACAGGACGAGCUGAAUGAGCAGUUGAAGAUUCAGAGGGAGCUGGAAGCUGAGGUGGAGAUUGAGGAGAAUGAAGCACUCUUUCAAGAUAUGUUCAUGGGCCGCAAGCGGCGAGCAAUAUGGAACUUGAUGGAGAAGCCAUUUUCUUCAGUCAAGGCCAAGCUGAUGGCAGUCACCUCCAGUUUGUUCGUCUUGAUCUCGCUGGUGGCGAUGACACUGAACACAGUGGAAGAGAUGCAGUACAGAGCUCAUAUGGGGCAGCUCAGUGGAAAGACUUACUGGGAGUACGUAGAGUCAAUGUGCAUUGCCUUCUUCACUAUGGAGUAUCUGUUACGUCUUGUGUCCACCCCUGAACUCAAAGCAUUCAGCAGGAGUGUGCUCAACACCGUGGACCUGAUCGCCAUCCUGCCUCUCUACCUCCAGGCCAUUCUGGAAUUCUUUGACAACAAGGAAAACUACAUGAAGCACGAGGCCGACAUGCAGGCCGUGGGCCAGGUGGGGAAGCUUGGACAAGUCCUACGUAUCAUGAGACUAAUGCGGAUUUUUCGUAUCUUGAAGCUGGCCCGACACUCCACAGGCCUGAGAGCGUUCGGCUUUACUCUGCGCCAGUGCUACCAGCAAGUCGGCUGCCUGUUCCUCUUUAUUGCCAUGGGAAUCUUUAGCUUCUCUGCCAUGGUUUACACUGUGGAGCACGACAUGCCUCAAACAAACUUCACCAGUAUUCCUCACGCCUGGUGGUGGGCAUCUGUCAGCAUCUCCACAGUGGGCUAUGGCGACGUCUACCCAGAGACAAUCCUCGGUCGUCUCUUUGCUUUCAUCUGCAUAGCCUUUGGAAUCAUACUCAAUGGUCUGCCGAUAUCCAUCCUCUUCAACAAGUUCUCAGAUUACUACUCCAAACUCAAGUCCAAUCAGUACACAGCCUCCCUGAAGAAUCGAGGGAAAGUGAGGUUCGCCAAGAGGACCGCCCAGAAGCUAAAUGACUGCUUUGAAAAAGUCCACCGCCCUGUGAGCUAAUCAUAUACUUUAAGACAUUUCUGAAGUGUCAGUGACACAAUUUCUAUUGAACUCCAUAGAUCCACGACUUUGCUGCUAUAGAAAUCUGA